UCAUUAACAUACUGUAGUUUGUUACAGCUGACCAAACUGACAACAACAGAAGGACAACAGAAAAAGAGGAAAGAUGUCUGAUGAAAAAACUUUCGACAAAACUGUUGAAAAAAUAAAAACAUUGUUUCAAACAACAGAUUCCUUAGUGAGAAAAAAGAAGAUCAUUGGGGAGUUGCAAAUCAUUGCAGAGAAAUAUUCAUUGAAGCUUUCAACUGAUGUGAAGGUUGUUAAUGACUCUGUUCAUGGUCACAUUGAGCUGCACCCCCUGCUGGUGAAGAUCAUAGAUACGCCUCAGUUUCAGAGACUCCGAGACAUCAAACAGCUGGGAGCGGGAUACUGGGUCUUUCCUGGGGCUUCACACAACCGCUUUGAACACUCCAUUGGUGUGGCACAUUUAGCUGGAUGUCUGGUCAAGAGUCUGCAAGAGAAACAGCCGAAACUACAUAUUGACAAUCGAGAUGUUCUUUGUGUCCAAAUUGCUGGUCUGUGCCAUGACUUAGGUCAUGGUCCAUUCUCUCAUUUGUUUGAUAAGAAGUUCAUUCCUGCAGUCAAGCCAGUCGAUUCAGAUUCUGAAUGGAAGGUGCGUCAAACUACAUACACAAGACUUCAGGCUGAGGGCAAAUGAGAUGCUCUUUAUUCUUUAAUGAGGGUUUAAACAGACAGUUAAUGCAGAAACUCAUUAGCACUGCAGAUCCAUUCACAAUCUGAGGAUGUUACUGACUUAACCUCAUGCUCCACCAUCUUAACUCUAAUAAUGAAACUAAAUAAAUAUAAUUUACACUG